CUUUUGAACAACUUCCCUACCACCACAACACUGCAAGAACUGUCUUUUUUGCUGUUAGGUUAGUGCAUUGGCACUUGCAUACCCGGAAAUAGUGUGAGGGGGAGGACCAAGGCAUCAAGCGAGAGAGAUCGAGAUAUUAUUUUCGUUAGUGUGCCAGUCUAGUCAUCCCAGGGUCCUCGAGGGAAAUGCUGUAUGUUAACAAUUAUUUUAUUGAAGUUGGAUUUUUUUACGGUGAAAGAAUCUAAACUGUCGAGAAACAGUUUUUUUCUUCAUUUUCCUGACUCAAGCGCGCACGAGAGCAAGAGCGAAGUGGAACAGCUGACCUAUAAUAAAUUCAUCGAUUGCAGUUAUUUGGUUACUAAGUUAUUCUAAUCAAUACGUAAUAACCUGUUGUUCCAAGAAGAGAGAGGCGCGAUUCACUGAUACCUAAUGUCAUGAUUUAAUGUCGAGAAGAAUAGAAUUCAAGACAACACAAGUUAUUUAUUGAAAAACCUAAAAACAAUGCAAUAUACGUUCAAUAUGUAAAAAUUAUAUUUGGAGUAUUGCUUGUUGGGGGACAACGUCGCCAAAAGGAGCUAAUCUAUUUUCUCAAGCACCCUCUCCCAUGUCACAUUCAACAUCAAUAGAAAUAGUUGCGGUUGUGUUAUUGUUGUAAUUUGUGUCAAAACCGAAGGAUGACUGUCAAACUGGAUUUUGAAGAGUGUCUCAAAGACUCCCCCCGAUUCAGGGCCGCCAUUGAAGUGGUGGAAGGAGAUGUCUGUGAAUUGGAAACGCGAUUAGAGAAGCUGGUGAAGCAGUGCCACUCCAUGCUAGAGGCUGGCAGGGCCUACUGUCAGACCAGCAAGAGCUUUGUCACAGGGCUCAAAGAGCUGGGCCACCACUGUUCUGGGGACAACAUGAUGGGGGAGUGUUUGGAGAAAUUCUCCAAGAAGCUGGCAGUGAUUCUGGAAGCUCAGGGGGAAGUGAUUGAAAGCACACAGAAGUCGGUGAAGUUGAAGUUGCUGAGUUUUGUGAAAGAGGACGUGCGUCGGUUCAAGGAUGUGCGUAAGGAGUUUGAGCGGGGUAGUGAGAGUCUGGAGGCAGCAUUGGGGAGGAACGCUCAGGCCCCCCGGGGAAAACAGCACGAGGUAGAAGAGGUCAGCCAUGCCCUCCUCAACGCCCGCAAGACCUUCCGCUCCGGAGCCCUCGACUACGUACUGCAGAUCAAUGUCAUCGAGGCCAAGAAGAAGACCGACAUCCUGAUGGCGAUGGUGUCUAUGAUGGAUGCCCAGUCCCAGUUCUUCCAGCAAGGUCACCAGUCCCUCUCGGAGCUGGACGACUACCGCCGCACCCUGAGUGAAGAGCACACUCAACUAGUGUUGAAUUCCGCCAGGGAGAAGAGAGACAUGGAACAGAGACACGAGGCCAUUAAGAAAAAGGAUGUGUCCUAUGAUAACUCCUUAAUGGAUUUCUGUGCUGAUGCCGCCAACGGUAUCGCCAUGGAGGGCUACCUGUAUAAGAGAGCUAGCAAUGCCUUCAAGACUUGGAGCAGGCGCUGGUUCUCCAUUCAGAAAAAUCAACUGGUCUAUCAGAAGAAAUUCAAGGAUCAGCCCACAGUAGUGAUUGAGGAUCUGCGUCUUUGUACAGUGAAGGUCUGCGUUGACAAUGAGAGACGAUUCUGCUUCGAGGUGGUCUCUCCAUCCAAGAGCUGUCUGUUACAGGCAGACUCCGAGCGCCAGCAGCAGGGCUGGAUCAGUGCUGUCCAGAACAGCAUUGCUUCAGCCUUCCAGGAACGCAGAGAAGACCCGCACUGUCCCAGGGAGCAUUGCAGCUCUGUGUCGGGAGGCAGCCCAGGAGGAGGAUGGCUGUGUGGGGAGCAGGAGAAGACGGGGGGCCGCGAGGCUCUGGAGGAGGUUCAGGCCAUCCCGGGGAACAUGCAGUGCUGCGACUGUGGAGAGCCCGGUCCAGACUGGGCCUCUAUCAACCUGGGGAUCACCCUCUGCAUCGUCUGCUCGGGGAUACACAGGAGUCUGGGUGUCCAUUUCUCCAAAGUACGCUCCCUCACCCUGGACUCCUGGGAACCAGAGCUGGUCCGGUUGAUGUGUGAGUUGGGAAACACAGCCAUCAACAGGAUCUACGAGGGGCGAAUUGAUGAGAUCACCAUCAAGAAACCCCACCCGUCCAGUCCAAGGGGUGAUAAGGAGUCGUGGAUUCGUUCUAAGUACGUGGAGAAGAAGUUCAUCCAGAAGCUCCCGGAGACAGGACGUAAAGCUCCCCUGCGGCGCUCCAGCGCCCGGAGGAACAGGGCUAACACCCAGGAGAGGCCAGCUGGGUCACGACCCCCACUCAAACCCAAACCCACCCGGGCCACCCUGCCACGACUCGCAGGGCUCAAUCAGAGUGACCUUGUCCAAGAGAACAACACGGCCAUUCACAAAGAUGAUGAAGAUGACGAAGAGGAGGACCUGUCUGGUCUUCAUCCCGGGGCGUUGUUGUAUCGGUCUGCAGCGCUACAGCAUUUCCCUGUCAUGGCCGACGCCCUGGCCCACGGAGCUGACGUCAACUGGGUCAACACAGCCGAGGAGUCCAGCACCCCACUCCUACAGGCCGUCACCGCAAACUCCUUGGCAGCGUGUGAGUUCCUGCUACAGAACGGUGCCAAUGUCAACACAGCAGACAGCAACAGGAGAGGACCUCUACACCACGCCACUAUACUGGGACACACUGGGCUUGUGUGUCUGUUCCUGAAGCGAGGGGCGGACUACAACGCCAGAGACAACAACCAGAAAGACCCCAUUACUAUCGCCGUGGAGACAGCCAACGCUGACAUUGUCACCCUGCUGCGAAUUGCCAAGAUGAACAAGGAGAUGCGGGAGAUGGAUGGAGCCUUUGGCCAAUCAGGUGAUGAAACGUACCAGGACAUCUUCAGGGACUUCUCUCACAUGGCUUCUAACAACCCGGAGAAACUCAAACGCCGCAGCACAGACUUUAAAACUUGACCUUACUCAACAGCUGUUUCUUUUGUAUGCUGUUGUUAUGCUGUUUUCCUUUCUUUUUUGUUGUUGUCACACACACGCGCGCCGACACAGACAAACACACACACACACAUUUGCUGGCCACCUGCUCUGCGUUAGGUCAUUGCUCAGCUGGUGAUUACUUUAGUAGCGGCUCCGGUCCAACAGUAAUGCCUUUGUGUUUGGCUGCCAGAGGAGAACACUCAGGCUUAGUGGCUACAUGAGACACUUGUUGAAGGAGAUAGAAGAUGUACAGCCUAAUAAUGACGGCUGAUACAGUAAUAACCUCCCAUUGAAUGACUUAUUUCCUCAUUUCAUUUGGCUAACCAUAGUCUAGCGGAGCCAUCCGACACAAUUCUGGUCUCGUUGACUCGACUGUAAGGCUCGGUUUCCCACAACUACCGUUGAACAAAAAAAUGCAACUUUAAUAGCUGUGUUGCUUUCUGUCAAUCCUCCUCAAUGUACUGUUGUGACAGAAAGAAAAGGAGGGAUAUGUUUGAAGCAAAGGGUAAAACUGUUGUAUGUGCUCUUGUACUUGUCUUCAUAUUUUUGGAUGUGAUGUUGUUUCUUUGUAUAUCAUGUUUUUUUUUGGGGGGGGGGGGGGGGGUCUAUUGACUGCGUGAGGUACAAGAGAUGUGUUUCUUGCGGAAAAUUAAAAUACCAGAGUUAAUUUCCGUUUCUGUGUAAAGUCAUUCAGUGGACCUAGAUAUGCUGGGUGUGUUUAAGCGGUAAGUCGAGCGAAGUCGACUGUAGACGAAAAUAGCGAGUGAAGUGGGGGGGUGGGGUGUAUCUGCGACAGCCAAAAGCAAGGCUCAUUUCAACAUGGCAAUGUCAACAAAGCUGCUAUAUAAAAGGUUUUCUUUAUAAAUGUCUAAAAAAAACUUUUCUAUACCCCCAUAUCACACACUCACAAAGUGAAAACGUAUGUACAAUUAAUUGGUUAAUAGAGAAAGGUCUCAAAUAUUCCUUUCAUUUGUGUCCCCUGCAGCUUGACAAUUGAGGCAGUUGGUUCCUGUUUAAGUCACGUCUUCGGCCAUGUUUGCAUGGGUAUAAGUACAAAUGUGAUUCAUUUGUUUAUUUUUUCAAGCCUAAGUGGACAACUACUUUUUGUGUUAACUGUUUUGUGUACCAGUCCUAAAAUGUCUUUGACUGGAUAUAAUUGCCUGUACAUUGUGUUGCGGUAAACGGGGUUCAUUUUACCCAGGACCACCUAUAGUUUCCAAA